AUGUCUUCUACUGACGAACAUCCCGAGAAAGACAUUUCUUCGAAUUCGAAUCAUGGCGAUGAUCAUUCAUACGCUAAUUCCGUACAAUCGUACGCCGCCUUAGAUGACCAAGCUGAUAAUGAGGAUAUGACGGCUACUUCACAACUAUCGCGUCACAUAACGAAUAUCUUAUCUAACGAGGAUGGUAUAGAAAGAUUGGAAUCCAUGGCAAGAGUCAUUUCUCGUAAGACCAAGAAGGAAAUGGACUCCUUCGAAGUCAACGACUUAGAUUUCGAUUUGCGCUCGCUACUAAACUAUUUGAGAUCUCGUCAACUAGAACAAGGUAUCGAACCUGGUGACUCCGGUGUAGCCUUCAAAAACCUAACAGCUGUUGGUGUAGAUGCUUCUGCUGCGUAUGGACCCAGUGUUGCAGAGAUGCUUAGAAACAUCGCCACUAUACCCGCACAUCUUAUAAGUAAAUUUACCAAGAAGUCCGAUGUUCCAUUGAGAAACAUUAUUCAGAACUGUACCGGUGUCGUCGAAUCAGGUGAAAUGCUGUUUGUUGUUGGUAGACCAGGUGCCGGUUGUUCUACUUUCCUAAAAUGUUUAUCUGGUGAGACCUCGGAAUUAGUCGAUGUCCAGGGUGAGUUCUCUUAUGACGGUCUGGAUCAAAGCGAAAUGAUGUCUAAGUAUAAAGGCUACGUUAUUUACUGUCCCGAAUUAGACUUCCAUUUCCCAAAGAUUACCGUUAAGGAAACUAUCGAUUUCGCGCUAAAAUGUAAGACUCCCCGUGUCAGAGUUGAUAAAAUGACUAGAAGACAGUACGUUGAUAAUAUUAGAGACCUGUGGUGUACCGUUUUCGGUUUGAGACACACAUAUGCAACUAAAGUUGGUAAUGAUUUCGUAAGAGGUGUCUCUGGUGGUGAACGUAAGCGUGUUUCCCUAGUGGAAGCUCAAGCAAUGAACGCAUCCAUUUACUCUUGGGAUAAUGCCACAAGAGGUUUAGAUGCUUCCACUGCUUUAGAAUUUGCUCAAGCUAUCAGAACUGCUACCAACAUGGUUAAUAACUCUGCCAUUGUUGCCAUUUACCAAGCUGGUGAAAACAUUUAUGAGUUAUUCGAUAAAACCACCGUUCUAUAUAACGGUAAACAAAUCUAUUUCGGUCCUGCUGAUAAAGCCGUUGCAUAUUUCAGUAAUAUGGGUUGGGUGAAGCCAAACAGAAUGACAUCCGCAGAAUUUUUGACUUCAGUGACUGUCGAUUACGAAAACAGAACUUUGGAUAUUAAACCUGGUUGUGAAGAUAAAGUUCCAAAAUCUAGUUCUGAAUUCGAACAAUACUGGUUAAACUCGGAAGACUAUCAAGAACUGUUAAGGUCUUAUGAAGAUUACCAAGAUAGACAUCCUGCCGAAGAAACAAGAGACAGAUUAGAUGUUGCCAAGAAGCAAAGAUUGCAACAAGGCCAAAGAGAAAACUCGCAAUACGUCGUCAACUACUGGACCCAAGUCUACUACUGCAUGAUUCGUGGGUUCCAAAGAGUCAAAGGUGAUUCCACUUAUACCAAGGUUUACUUGAGUUCUUUUUUGAUUAAAGCUUUGAUUAUCGGUUCUAUGUUCCAUAGAAUUGAUGACAAAAGCCAAUCGACCACCGCCGGUGCUUAUUCUCGUGGUGGUAUGUUAUUCUAUGUCCUACUGUUUGCUUCUGUUACUUCCUUGGCUGAAAUUGGUAAUUCUUUCUCCAGUAGACCAGUCAUCGUCAAACAUAAAUCGUAUUCCAUGUAUCACUUGUCAGCUGAAUCAUUACAGGAAAUUAUUACUGAAUUUCCUACCAAAUUGGUUGCCAUUUUGAUGUUGUGUUUGAUCACUUACUGGAUCCCAUUCAUGAAAUAUGAAGCCGGUGCUUUCUUCCAAUACAUUUUAUAUUUGUUGACCGUGCAACAAUGUACCUCUUUUAUUUUCAAGUUUGUUGCUACCAUGAGUAAAUCUGGUGUCGAUGCACAUGCCGUUGGUGGUCUAUGGGUCUUGAUGCUUUGUGUUUAUGCUGGUUUUGUCUUACCAAUUGGUGAAAUGCAUCACUGGAUUAGAUGGAUUCAUUUUAUCAAUCCUUUGACUUACGCCUUUGAAAGUUUGGUCUCCACUGAGUUCCAUCAUAGAGAGAUGUUGUGUAGUGCCUUGGUUCCGUCGGGCCCUGGUUACGAAGGCAUUUCUAUUGCUAAUCAAGUGUGCAAUGCCGCUGGUGCAAUCAAGGGCAAUUUGUACGUUAGCGGUGACUCUUAUAUCUUGCACCAAUACCAUUUCGCAUACAAGCACGCAUGGAGGAAUUGGGGUGUGAAUAUUGUGUGGACCUUCGGCUAUAUUGUAUUCAACGUUAUCCUAUCAGAAUAUUUGAAACCCAUUGAAGGCGGUGGUGAUUUGUUGUUAUAUAAGAGAGGUCACAUGCCACAAUUGGGUACUGAAAAUGCAGAUGCUAGAACUGCUUCUAGGGAAGAAAUGAUGGAAGCUUUGAACGGUCCAAACGUCGACUUGGAUAAAGUCAUCGCGGAAAAGGACGUUUUCACCUGGAAUCAUUUGGACUAUACUAUUCCAUACGAUGGUGCUACAAGACAGUUAUUGUCAGAUGUUUUUGGUUAUGUUAAACCAGGUAAGAUGACAGCCUUAAUGGGUGAGUCUGGUGCUGGUAAAACUACGCUGCUGAAUGUUUUGGCUCAAAGAAUCAAUAUGGGUGUUAUUACUGGUGAUAUGUUUGUCAAUGCCAAACCAUUGCCUGCCUCAUUCAAUAGAUCAUGCGGUUACGUCGCACAAGCCGAUAACCAUAUGGCUGAACUGUCCGUUAGAGAAUCCUUGAGGUUUGCUGCCGAACUAAGACAGCAAAGAUCUGUUUCAUUAGAGGAAAAAUACGAAUAUGUUGAAAAAAUCAUUCUUUUGCUAGGUAUGCAAAAUUACGCUGAAGCUUUAGUUGGUAAAACUGGUAGGGGUUUGAAUGUUGAACAGAGAAAGAAGCUGUCUAUCGGUGUUGAAUUGGUUGCUAAACCUUCAUUGCUGUUAUUCUUGGAUGAACCUACUUCUGGUUUGGACUCCCAAUCUGCUUGGUCUAUUGUUCAAUUUAUGAGGGCUUUGGCCGAUUCUGGUCAAUCUAUUUUGUGUACUAUUCAUCAACCGUCUGCCACUUUGUUUGAACAAUUUGACAGAUUAUUAUUGUUGAAGAAGGGUGGUAAAAUGGUUUACUUCGGUGAUAUUGGUCCAAAUUCCGAAACAUUGCUAAAGUAUUUUGAACGUCAAUCCGGUAUGAAAUGUGGUGUCUCUGAGAACCCUGCUGAAUAUAUUUUGAAUUGUAUUGGUGCUGGUGCCACUGCUAGUGUUAACGCUGAUUGGCAUGAUCUAUGGCUUGCCUCUCCCGAAUGUGCCGCAGCAAGAGCCGAAGUUGAAGAGUUACAUCGUGUGUUACCUGGUAGACCUGUCAAUGAUGAUCCUGAAUUGGCUACAAGAUUUGCUGCUAAAUACACCACUCAAAUUAAGUGCGUUUUACGGAGAACUUUUCUGCAAUUUUGGAGAUCACCUGUAUAUAUUAGGGCCAAGUUCUUCGAAUGUGUCGCUUGUGCUUUAUUCGUCGGUUUGUCAUAUGUUGGUGUUAAUCAUUCUAUUGGUGGUGCCACUGAAGCUUUCUCCUCUGUCUUCAUGCUGUUAUUGAUUUCUUUGGCUAUGAUCAAUCAACUGCAUGUCUUCGCUUUUGAUAGUAGAGAACUAUACGAAGUCAGGGAAGCCGCUUCUAAUACUUUCCACUGGAGUGCGCUGUUGUUAUGUCAUGCUGCUGUUGAAAACUUCUGGUCUACCCUCUGCCAAUUCUUGUGUUUCAUUUGUUACUACUGGCCAGCUCAAUUUAGCGGUCGCGCAUCUCAUGCAGGUUUCUUUUUCUUCUUUUAUGUUUUAGUUUUCCCAUUGUAUUUUGUCACGUACGGUUUGUGGAUUUUGUACAUGUCUCCUGAUGUGCCAUCUGCUUCUAUGAUCAAUUCUAACUUAUUUGCUGCUAUGUUAUUGUUCUGUGGUAUUUUACAGCCAAGACAAAAGAUGCCUGCCUUCUGGAGAAGAUUGAUGUACAACGUAUCGCCAUUCACUUAUGUCGUUCAAGCAUUGGUCACUCCCCUAGUUCAUAAUAAGAAGGUUGUUUGCAAUCCUCAUGAAUACAACAUCAUGGAUCCACCAAGCGGUCAAACAUGUGGUGAGUUUUUAUCUACUUAUAUGAACAACAAUACAGGCUAUCUGGUAAACCCAUCUGCUACUGAAAGCUGUGAAUAUUGUCCAUACUCUGUUCAAGAUCAGGUCGUGGAGCAAUUUAAUGUCAAGUGGGAUCACAGAUGGAGAAACUUUGGUUUUAUGUGGGCUUACAUUUGUUUCAAUGUUGCUGCUAUGUUAUUCUGCUAUUAUAUUGCAAGAGUUAAGGUUUGGUCCUUGAAGUCUGUUUUGAAUUUCAAGAAUUGGUUCAAUGGGCCAAGAAAGGAAAGGCAUGAAGAUGAUACCAAUAUUUUCCAAAAGGUACCAGGUGACGAAAGUAAAAUCACAAAAAAUUAG